AUGACCAUCACCGAGAUAGCGCUCCUCCGUCUUUACCCAACCACCUCACUUGUCACCCCAGACCUCCGGUCGAAACUCGCACACGCAGCGACCGUCAUGCGACAGCACACGAGCCGCCCAGUCUACUACCUGCAACAGAUCGAGGAUCCAUCCUACAUCUACAUAAUCACAGAAUGGGAAUCUCUGGCCUCUCACAUGGAAGACUUCAUACCUAGCCCGGCCAACCAGAAUUUACUUCAGAGUUUGCAAGGUCUACUUACCGUGGAGUGGCUAUGGCACAUUGAAACCCCGCUCUCUGACCUUCCACUACCGGUAACGCAAGCGGAAGCGGAAGUGGAAGCUGCGGUCAAUGGACAGCGCGUUUGGAGUCUCAUUCGUCACGUGAUCAAGGCUGAUGAGAAACACCGGUUUCAAGGUCAUUUUGAUACCAAGAAAGGUUAUCUGCAAGAUUUCGUUACAGAGGGGAACAUUGGUGGGGGCUGGAGAGUCGAUGGUGAAGGAGGAAAGGACGAGUUUGUAUUGAUUUGUCCUUGGAAGAGUGUGGAGCAACAUGUUGAGUUCGGCAAGACGGAGGGGUUUGGGGAGUAUGCGAGGAUCAGGGAGUGUGUUGAAGAGGUGGAUAUUAGACAUGGAAUGCUUUUAGAUAUUUGA